CAAACGCGCGCACAUUUCCCGUUCCCACUACUACACUGACAGCUAAGCAUGUCAACAAUCGAGCUGGAAAAGCAAAUCUCCUCCGCCGGCCCAACUUUCGAUGGCCAAGGCCGGCCCAAAGGCACCUCAUUGUCAGGCAAAAUUCUUAUAGGAGUAACCGGUGGUAUCGCCGUAGGUCUUUCCAUCGUCUGUUAUCCAUUCGUAGCGCCGGCACUACGGCGCCACUGUUUGCCGUUUGUUCCGGCCACACCGAGACAAAUCCGCAAUGUACUUUCCUUCGUAAAGCCUUCGGCGGCUGGAAGCAAACUUUUGGACAUCGGAUCCGGCGAUGGUCGAAUCGUGAUAGCGGCGGCACGUUCACUACCAUCGAUCAAGGCGGACGGUGUGGAGCUUAAUCCGUGGCUCGUUUACUACUCUAGAUUGGCCGCGUUACGCAACGGUGUUUUCCGCAGAACCAGCUUCUUCCGGAAAGAUCUGUGGAAGUUUAGUCUCGCACCGUACGAUCAUAUUGUGAUUUUUGGCGUAGAACAAAUGAUGGAGGAUUUGGAGAAGAAAAUCCUUUCGGAAGCUGCACCGGGCACUACCGUAAUUGCUUGCCGCUUUCCCUUUCCCUCCCUGAAGACGGUUGACCGGAUAGAGGAAGGCGUUGAUUCGGUGUGGCUUUACCGACCGGUUGUACAAGGCAAAACCCAAGACCGCUCGAACGCUAUCUAACCGACAUUAGUACACGGUCGGUUUUCUGUUUGGUACAAUACACAUGCGCCAGCCUCUUUCGUUAGUCGGUGGACUAGUCUUUUGUUAGUUUUAUUUAACAAAGUAAAAGCACAGUUGACAUAAACCGUGAAAUAUAUUUGUCUUACGUAAAAUGGUAAA